AUGCGCUGUCUUGCCAGCCUGGCCCUGGUCCUGCUCGCCCUGGAGGCUGCCGUGGCCCUGGCCGCGGCCCUGGCCUUCACUGUGCCAGGGCAGGCCAUGUGCCCGGAGCUCAGCUCCUUGGGGGAGGACUCCUGCGUUGUCUCCUGCAGCACCGAUGAUGACUGCCCCCAAGGCAUCAGAUGCUGCCCCAGGAGCCCCUGCAGCCGCUCCUGAGUGUUCCCCAUCAUGGCACCUUUGCAAAAGGCUGGCCGCUGCCCCCGGGUACCCGUCCCGCUGGCCCCCGAGCCCUGCUCAGAGAGCACCGAGUGCUCUGUGGACAGCCAGUGUGCAGGGAGCAGGAAGUGUUGCUUCAGCACGUGCGCCAUGCGGUGUCUGGACCCUGCGACAGGAGACCUGGCUCGGGAGCUGGGAAAUUGCUUCCUGGCUACCUGUGACCCCACCUUCCUGCCAGUGGGCUCUGGUGAGGGCCGGGGAGGGGUGGGUGUGGAGAGCUCGCUGGCCCACCUGUACACAGCGUCCCUCCCUCCCCUGCCCCCACCCUGCACCUCUGAGGCCUCCAUGUCCCCUGCAGAGGACCCCCUUCAGUGA